CUAGUUUUGUUUUUCCUGUCUGUCCUUUCACCUGGCUUUUGGUCUGGGGACUUACUAUAUUGCAGAACAAUUUGCACGUCACUGUCUCGGCUUUGCUUGCUGCUGCUGUUGUUUGGAUGUCUAACCUUCCAGCAAAACUCAACCCAGUUAUUUUGCCUUUAAUGGCAUCUAUGAGGAGAGAACAGGAAUCUCUGUAGUUUGACAUGCAUGGAUCCUUGUGAGACUCCUCAAGCUGCAGUUUUGAAUUCUAUUGAAAAAAUUGAAGAACAAGGACUUCUGUCCUUCAGAUGCAGUAGUAGUACCAGGCAGAAAUCAAAAGUUCAUAUGCUUUCCCCAGGUGAUGAUCGAUCAAUGCUUGAGGGAUUCAUUAGCAGACGCGGAGCUGAGCUUGCCCUGAAAUGUUUGUGUGAGAAAUUUGGUUCAUCUUUGUUUGACAGGCUUCCUAAGCUAUGGGAUUGCCUGGUAGAAGUCUUAAAGCCUGGAAAUAUUGAAGGGUUGACCCCAGAUAAUGAGAAACUUAUAUCUGAAUCUAUCGAUUCUGUAAAUGAUCCUCAGAUUUUGAUUAAUAAUAUUCAGGUAGUCCGUUCCAUUGCUCCUUUGUUGGAUGUGGCAUUGAGGUCUAAACUUCUCGUGCUUCUUCCAUGCAUCUUUAGGUGUGUUUGCCAUCCUCAUGUGGCUGUGAGAUUGGCUGCGUCUAGGUGUAUCACAACAAUGGCCAAAUCUAUGGCAGUAACUGUGAUGAUUGAAGUCGUCGAAAACGUGAUUCCUAUGUUGGGAGAUAUGACAUCUGUUCAUUCUAGACAAGGCGCUGGCAUGCUUGUCAGCUUACUAGUUCAGGGGCUUGGCAUGGAUUUGGUUCCUUAUGCUCCGCUUUUAGUAGUUCCUUUAUUGAGAUGCAUGAGUGAUUCUGAUCAAUCAGUUAGGCAAAGUGUAACACAUAGUUUUGCGACACUGGUACCUUUGCUUCCAUUAGCCCGUGGUAUUUGUACCCCUGAGGGGCUCAAUGAUCGUUUAUCCCGCAAUCAAGAUGAUGUAAAAUUCCUGGAGCAACUGGUUGACAGCUCACACAUUGAUGAUUACAAGCUCUUUACCGACUUAAAAGUGACUCUGAGAAGGUAUCAACAGGAAGGUAUUAACUGGCUAGCAUUUUUGAAGAGAUUCAAUCUUCAUGGCAUCUUAUGUGAUGACAUGGGCCUUGGCAAAACCCUUCAGGCAUCGGCAAUUGUGGCAUCUGAUAUUGCAGAGCAUGUUGCUGAAAAAUCUGCUGCCAAUCUCCCACCUUCUCUUAUAAUAUGUCCAUCAACCCUUGUUGGUCACUGGGAGUAUGAGAUAGAGAAGUUCAUUGAUGCUUCUCUAGUUACUACCCUUCAGUAUGUUGGUUCUGCUCAAGAACGCUCAUCUCUUCAUUCUCAGUUUAAUAGAUAUAAUGUUAUUAUUACAUCAUAUGAUGUUGUCCGCAAAGAUGUUGACUCUCUUGGCCAGCACUUCUGGAACUAUUGUAUUCUAGAUGAGGGGCACAUCAUUAAGAAUUCAAAGUCAAAAGUCACUCUUGCUGUAAAACAGCUGAAAGCUCAGCACCGUCUCAUAUUGAGUGGAACUCCAAUCCAGAACAAUGUAUUGGAUUUGUGGUCACUUUUUGAUUUUCUCAUGCCAGGAUUUCUGGGAACAGAGAGACAAUUCCACAGUUCCUAUGGAAAACCUUUGCUAGCUGCAAGGGAUCCCAAAUGUUCAGCCAAGGAUGCUGAAGGAGGAGUGCUUGCAAUGGAAGCAUUGCACAAGCAAGUGAUGCCUUUCCUUCUUCGCCGGACGAAAGAAGAAGUGUUGUCUGAUUUACCCGAGAAAAUCAUCCAAGAUAGAUACUGUGACUUGAGUCCUGUUCAACUAAAACUGUAUGAAAAGUUUUCCGGUUCUCAUGUUAAGCAGGAAAUUUCCAGCAUGGUGAAGGUCAAUGAAUCCGACACGGGACAAGGGAGUGAUGUACCUAAAGCAUCUUCUCAUGUUUUCCAGGCACUCCAGUAUUUGCUUAAACUUUGUAGCCAUCCGCUGUUAGUGGUUGGUGAAAAAAUUUCUGAGCCUAUCUCACAUGCUCUAUCGGAGUGUCUUCCUAAUGGCUCUAACACAGUCUCUGAACUCCAUAAACUCCACCACUCUCCUAAACUGGUUGCCCUCCAGGAGAUUCUUGAAGAGUGUGGAAUUGGGAUUGAUGCCUCUGAAGGGCCUAUCAUUGUUGGGCAGCAUAGAGUACUAAUAUUUGCUCAGCAUAAAGCUUUUCUUGACAUCAUCGAGAAGGACUUAUUUCAUGCUCAGAUGAAGAAUGUCACAUAUUUGAGGUUGGAUGGAUCCGUUGAGCCAGACAAGCGCUUUGAAAUUGUGAAAACCUUCAAUUCAGACCCGACUAUUGAUGUCUUACUUCUUACAACACAUGUUGGUGGUCUUGGUCUGAACCUGACAUCAGCUGAUACUCUCGUGUUUAUGGAGCAUGACUGGAAUCCAAUGCGGGAUCAUCAGGCAAUGGAUAGAGCGCACAGGUUGGGCCAGAAAAAAGUGGUCCAUGUCCAUCGCCUAAUAAUGAGAGGAACCUUGGAAGAGAAAGUGAUGAGUCUCCAGAGGUUCAAAGUGUCGGUUGCUAACGCGGUGAUUAACGCAGAUAAUUCAAGCUUGAAAACAAUGAAUACAGACCAGCUGCUUGAUCUAUUCACACCGGCAGAUGGCAAAAAGGCUCCAAAUGUGUCAGAUAGAAGUGACAAAUUUGAAGGAGAACCAAAAGUGUCCCGUGGCGGAAAGGGGUUAAAAGCUAUUCUUGGAGGAUUGGAAGAUCUCUGGGAUCAAUCACAGUACACUGAAGAGUAUAAUCUGAGCCACUUUUUAGCCAAGCUAAAUGGUUGAUUCCUAAUAUAGCAUGCUCUGCAUAUUUGCUUUUUUGCCAUGGCUGUAUGCUAGAGCUAAGAAGCAACCACGAAAUCUGAAUUGGAUGGAGGCAGUACCGCCCAGUAGUCCCUGCACAGUAUUCGUCAAAUUCAGAGAUAACCGAUGAUUUGACCUUCAUACCCUUGUACAAAGUGUAUAUUCCCCCCAAUUUUUUUCCGAGAUUAGUAAGUCUCUCCUUUGUUUCUUCUCCAACAUGAAAUCAAAAUUUUUGAGGCUGUUAACUGAGAGAUGUCCCAUUAUUCUGAGAGAGCAUUUGUGCUUCGUAGUUGGAGAAGGCAGGUACUUGUUGGGUUAGGGGAGGAAAUUUUGUAAAUUUUGAAUUAUUGUAUAUACAUUAAGGAUUAUUUAUUUAAUUAUAUGGGAAAAAAGAAAAAAAAUGUCUUGAU